AGUGUACCUCUCUGAUGCAGAGUUCAGUGAGGUAGCAGCAGCUCUUAUAACGGCACAUCCUUGCUUGAAAGAGCCAGGUUCCAUAAGUGGAUUUGGUGGUUGGAAGACAAGUUUAAAAUAUAAACUUGGGAACUACAGAUCAAAGCUCAGGAGACUUGGAUGUCCAGAAGUGACUGUGAAUUCUCUGAAACACAAACCUGAUGAUCGUUGCAGUCCUGCCUAUGGUGUUAAGAAACCUAAAAAGGCUGAAGUGAAUUACUGCCCACCAUAUCCAGCCGGUGAAACAGCUGAAACUUUGGAGCAGAUAAGAGUAAAACUCCUGUCUGAAGUAAUGAUUCGAAAUAAUGAAGACAAAGUAGCUGCCAUGAUGGACAAAACGUUUGCACUAAGACGUCUUGAGGUAGUCCAAGAUGCACCCAUGGUAGCGGAUUUCAAAGCAAGGUGGCCAGGUCUCUUUAAUGUGAGGGAGGUGAAAGCAGAAUUCAAGAGGAUAACCACAGUUGAGCUGCAGUCCAAGUUCUUCUCGCAACUUGAUGCACAUUCUGAAAACUUGAUGAAAGUGUUUGCCAGAAAAGGAGGAGUCCUCGGGAAAAAGAUAAAGGCAGUGAUGCUUCCAAUGACUCGGGCUGACAGCAUUGAUGUCAAAAGAGAAUGCAUCCUCAGAGGCUUGACAGUGUACUUAAAUGAGGAUCCACAAAAAUUUGUGAAGGACUACACGACUGAUGAUCAGUGUAUCGAAAGAGACCUGGCAGAAACGGUCUUUGGGAUCUAUGUGGUUCGACACAAUGGUGCAGACCGUGAUGACGAUCCUGAGGACAUUGGAAUCGUUUUGGAGGGGGUAGAGGUACUGAGUGGUUUGAGAAGUGUCCCAUUCGCAAUGGCAAUGUUUCUCGGACUUGUGUAUUCUCUGAACAUUAGUUACCCUCCAGAAUUAAAAUAUACAUUUGAAGCUGUGCAGAAAAUCAUAAUGGAGAUGGAAGGAAACAAGCUGUCAGCCAAAGUGCAAACUCUCAAAACACUGCUAGCACGUUCAUCAUUCUAA